AUGUCAACUGCCGCUCAGCUGGGAAUGUGGGCACUCACCCUUGUCACCCGGGCGACGGGCGGCACCCAACUAUUGGCCACGUUCAAGAUGAUCUAUCGUCAUUUCCCUACCCUCGCAUUGGGCGAGAGCAUAGGCCCACAACCUCCGGGUGACCUCUGUCGGGUCAACUUUCAGUCUUCGCAAAGUCGGCCAAACCUUGACCGCGCUGGUUCCGGUGGUGGCUCUGCUCAGGAUCCUUUGACAAACAUAUCUUUUGCGACAAAACGACAGAGAGGCUACUUCUCUGUUGAAUCCAUGGCCAAACUAUCGUGGAUUUGGCUGCUCUUGAUCUCGGUGUCUCAAGUAGUCCGAAGUGAUGGAGCACGCCGAGAUCGCUGGGUGAAGCCCAACGGUGAAAAUAUAGAAAAUUUCGAAAAGAGAUAUUACAUCGGAGACACAUUGAAUAUUGAAUGGAAAGGAUGGAACACAACCGAAACGGAAGGCUUCGUCAUGAAGGACGGUGAAACGAGAGCCAAACUAUAUGUGAGAGCAUGGGCUUUACAGUACUCGAAUUGGUCCGAUUUUCGCACAUCCAAUGUAAAUAUCGCUUCAGGUGGUUCGUAUGAAUGGAAAGUCGAUGUUCCCGACGACGCCCUAUUUUGGAGCAGGCGAUUUGCUGUUACCUUCAUCCCAAAUGAUCAAAACGACUUUAGUCUCACCGGCCCUCAUAUAUCUUCACCGGGGUUCGAAAUACCGGGAUUCUAUGUCGAUGAAAUGUCGACAACGACCUCAUCCAUAUCAGUGAAUGCUCCAACGACAACCUCCACAUCUAGCACAGAGACUAGGGUCUCAUCUAGUACAAGUGAACUCUCCACUGGCACAAAAGCGGGAAUCGGUAUUGGCUCGAGCUUCGGCGGUUUGGCUGUGCUAGCUGCGUUAGUAUUUCUAAUGCCUACCAAAUUAGCGCAUGUCUUCAAACUUCCUCUGCGAUGGAUCAGGUCUCUUACAAUUAAGUGGGAGAGAGUAUCAACCAGCCCCCCAAAGAAACAAGAACCCACGGAUAUUGGCGAUGAUGCUCUUUGUGAAGGGACAGAUCCACAAGAGACCGAUAAAGCCCAGAAAUCAUCGGAGUGGUCCAGACUCAGUUCCGACACUUGGCUCUGGGAAGCUUCAGCAGUAAUCUUCAGUAUCCUAUGUCUUACCGCCAUAUUCUGCGUGGUGUGGGUUUAUGAUCAGAAAGCAUCCCCGAGUCUUCCCUACGGGAUUACACUGAACAGUGUGAUAUCAAUACUUGGCACCGCUUCUAAAUCCUCGCUGAUAUUUGCCGUGGGAGAAUCUCUCGGGCAAUUGAAAUGGAUGUGGUUCUGGAGGGCCAAAAGGCCGCUACGAGAUUUACAGUCAUUUGACAGCGCGAGUCGCGGACCUUGGGGCUCUAUCAUCAUGCUAUUUCAACAUAAAGGCACGUCAAUUGCAUCUCUUGGAGCUUUGGUCAUCAUUCUAGCGCUUGCAUUUGACCCGUUCCUCCAGCAAGUCUUGACUUUCCCGUUGAGACAGACACCCAGCUUGUUAGAUCCGAACUCACACGACUCCUCGUUCAGUCAGGUUCACAAUAUUCUACCACUUUGGGGCCUCGACCCCACUCCAGGGUAUUCAUAUUGGACCUCAAGAGAACAGGAAGAAUACAUCACGAAUUUUCGAGAGGCUAUUUUGUCCGGGAUUUGGUCUAGUCAACCCCAGAUAAAUCCCACCUGCGCCUCCGCAAACUGUACCUGGGAGCCAUUUCGAUCUGUCGGCUACUGCGCCAAAUGCGCAGAUCUCACGACUUCAGCCAGACUUACUGGCUGCGACAACAUGUCUUUCCCUUAUUCAAUUCCUUUCAACACCACUACAAACUAUACUCAAUCUACCAACUGCUCGAUCUCCUUGCCACAAGGAAAUUCGUUCCCACUUAAUAUGACAUUUGCAGUCUCGAAUGACACUGUUGACCGAGCGUAUGAACAGAUUAUGCCGCGCUAUGUCGUCUGGGAGAUUCACAACACGCCUCAAAUGUACAACACCUCGGAGAACACGUCUGUGCCAACUUCUACUUUCCUCGGGGUGGACAACCCGUUGUUAGUCUUCGGGCAAGCUGAGAUCGAUUAUGAUAUCUCAGAAAGUGAUCUCAUUCCUCGCCCAGAACAAAUACAACGGAAGCUUAGCCGGGUCACAGAAUGCGUUUUAUCGCUUUGCUCGAGAACUUAUAACGUCUCUGUCAAAAAUGGCAAUCCUAAAGUUGAAGUGUCCUCUCCAGACUUUGGUGAGACAUGGUUUCCUAAUCGUUGGACCGCCAUCAAUUACCCUCGCCCGGCCAAUAUGACACAUUCACCCGAGUUUCAAAAAUCCGGACUUGCCAGUUGGGAUAUAUGCUGGAAGCAAUGGAAAGGUCAUCCAUUUCCAUACCAACCUUUUCCUUACAGACAAGUUCGUCUUUCUAGGUCGAGCCGUUAUCCCCCGGCUCAGAUCAUCGAGCCGCAGGGGUCUGCCUUCUGCAACGUCAAUUCUCUUGCACCAGACAUUCUACAAUACAUCGGAGGCGCUAUCUACAAUCGCUUUGCGAUCUCGCCUCACCAAACUUACUGGCGUAGCAGUAGUGACACAAGUGAUUUCAAUAGUAGUGAUGUUUUUGAACGCGCUAUGAGACUUGGACUCGAAAAAAUGAUGAAUAACAUCGCGGAUUCAUUGACCAACUUGGCCCUCCGAGAAACUCGUAACAAGAGCAAUGGAACUCCACAUGUUUCAGAGGUCUAUGUGCAAGUGAAUUGGCCAUGGGUCGCUCUACCGGCGGCAGUGACUAUCUUAUCUUCUGUUCUCCUGAUAGCCACAGCUCUGAUCACCAAAUCACAAGAUCGUAGGCUGUGGAAGACCUCUACCUUACCUGUUCUGUACCACGGUCUUGAUGAGGAUCUUCUGAAAGACACAGAGGAAUACUCUACUCUCAGCAAGAUGGAAAACACCGCCGACUCGACGAAUGUUGGGCUUGAACUCUCAGACACCAACGGCAGAGUUUUACUACAGAGAUGA